UCAAUGUGUAGAACAACUAAGUAGAUCUAUUCGAGAAUCGUCUAAACAUGUUUACGACAAUAUGCAGUUGAUGCCGAAACGUGGCAACCAGGAUCUAACUACGAUGUGAACAGGUUAAUGAGAUUUACCGGUAACCAGUGUUGGAGCUAGAAUGCGUCAUAUUGUAUGUUCCUUGCAGUGAAUAAGAUUUCGUACUAAAUUUUCAAUUUUGGAAGAACUGCUCAUAUGAAGAUGGCAACAUUAGAUGCUCCAGCACCAGUGAAUUUAGUCCGUUCCAUUUUUCUUUGCAAUUUGUUUAAUUUCCUCUUGGCAGCAAGUAAAGCAUGCCUCAUACCAUUUCUCACAAUAUAUCUGAAGAGGUUGGGUCUUUCUGCAACACAGACUGGACUUGCAAUUGGGACAAAGACUCUCGUAGGACUUGUUUUUGCACCACUAUGGUCGAAAUGUUCAGUACGAUGUGGCAGGAGACGAUGUGUGUUGAUGUUUUCAAUUCUCAUUAUGUCCACAACAUACUUGUCGCUCACUGCAGUACCAAGCAUGGAUGAUGAAGCAUUUGCUCUCCAGUGUGCAAGUACAAAAAGUGAAACGAUCAACGUGUCUCAGAUCGCGGACAAAGUGGAUAAACAGACAACGGCUAAACCUGCAAUAACUUCUGUGACACUUUAUCCAAAUGCAAGUUUUGAAAAAACUGGUGCAAGUGUGGCAACACCUGUUGCUAAUAAUGUUAGUUUUGAAACUGUCACAAAUCCUGUUUCUGGAGAAAGCAAUGCUAGUGAGAAGGUUGGAAAUACAGUAACAGAAGCAAAGGAUAUUGAUACAACUGUUGCUAGUUUCAAAAGUACAACAGUUGAGCCAACAAAUGCUGAAGAAACUUCUGAUGAUGAUGAAAAAAUUGAGCAACUGCUAAGAGAAAUAUUAGAAGCAGUUGGAGUGCGAGAACGAAAGUUACAGGAGCUUGAUGAAAAUGAAAUGAUGAAGCUUAUAACUGAUUUAAUAAGCACUGAUGCAGGACUGAAGCUCUUUAACAAAGCUAUUAAGACAUUGCCAGUAGAGGACCAAGAACUUCUGGGUGGAUUGUCAACACGUAGAAAAAGAGCAGCUGAUGAUGACGAAGCUGCUAAUACGGACAAAGAAACUGAUGAAAGUACAGAAAGUUCUUUUCAGGCUUUCAAAGAAACCUUGGCCAAGAAAUUCAGUGAAAUUCGUGAGCACAUAAGAGUAACAGAGAAUGAGAUGUUUGUUGUGGUACUUGUUAUUCUCAUGAUUGGUGAAUCACUGUGCUGUCCCAUUGAAAAGAUUGCAGAUGACGGCUGGUUUGAAUUCCUGGAAAGUAUUGACGAUAUGGAAAAAUACGGUAUGCAGAGAAUCUGGUCUACCUUUGCAUACAUUCUUGUACCUGUUAUUGUAGCCCUCAUUAUCGACAACACUAACUGUCUAUUUGGACUAUCUGUUCACCCGUUCAUGUUGCAUUUUUAUUUGUUCGCAGGUUUCCUCGGGUUAACUUUCCUAGUUGCAUUUUUUUACCCGAUGGUUACAUCAGAAAAGUACAAAUAUGCUAGUAAAGUCAUGAAAGGAGUUCGGGUUGUUUGCUGUAAUAUGAGAAAUCUUAUGUUUACAAUUACUUUGUUGAUAAUGGGAAUCAUAUACGCUAGUUACUACAACUUUUUGUUCUGGUUACUGUUUGAUAUGGGAAGCAAGGAGAUCACAUUUGGUGUCUGUAUUAUGAUUGCCGCCCUAUCUGAAAUUCCAAUGUUGCUGUUCAAUGACAAGUUAAUUAAAAAGAUAGGGAGUGGAGGUGUUGUCACCCUCUCUCUCCUCAUUUUGUCAGCCAGGUGUCUUUAUUACUCAUUCUUACCGACACCUUGGGCAGUUAUACCCGCUGAGGUUACUCAUGCGUUUACCCACACUGCAAUGUGGUGGGCGGUGCUUAGCAGCCCCUCCUUCAAUACUUCCCCAGCCUUAAGUAGAAGCAUCAGGUCAAUCUUGUCUUCCGUUUACUUUGGCCUAGGGUUUGCUUUCGGAAGCGUGAUUUCUGGUGUUAUUUAUGAUACUUACGGGCCAGCUGUCCUGUUCCAGGCUGGAUCUGUUUUGUCUGUUGGUUGGUUCCCAAUUUUGUGUUUGGGUGUAAGGUGUUGUAAGGAAAAAGACAGGAGCCAUGUAAAGUAUACACGUCUGCUGAAUUCGGAUGACGCAAGUGAUGACUCUGAUUCAGUGGAAGAUGAUUGGUUGGAGCAUGCUCUUAAAGAUCGGUAGAUUACUGACUAAUAGAGAUAAUUUAACAGAAAAAUAUGUGACGUAAAGACAUGAUUGUAGAAGAUCUAUGAGAUGUUUUGAAUAUUUUUGUAAGUUAUCUAAUUUUGGUGAGAAAAAUUUGCAUUCCAGUUCGGGGACCACAUAUAAGCAUUCAAUUUUUGAGGUUGUGUUUAGUGUUUCUUUAAUGAUUUAGCAGUUUUAAAUAUAUUCAUAUGUUAUCUAAUUUUGGUGAUAAAAAUUUGCAUUCCAUUUAGAGACAGCAUUCAAGCAUUUGUAUUAUUUUGGUUGUGUUUAAUGAUGGGGUUGAUGUAUAGAUUUGUAUAUCGGUGUAUACAAGUAAAAAACAAUGAUUUUUAUGCAUUAAGGUCUCUUGCUCACUGUUUGAAAAAAAAUCUUUUUAUUUGUUAAAUGUUUAGAAAAGAUAUGUACAUGUAUAGCAGAAUCUAUAUUUUUAUCAUUUUUUCAAAAGUUUUCGUUGACAAUAUCUAUUUUGUUAGAUCUAGUACUUUGUUGUUUGGUAAUAUUUUGUGAUAACUUCAGAAAUCAUGUGUCAACUUCCCUGAAAUAAAAAAAAAAACAAAUAAUUUUGAACAAAAUGCUUCAAUGAUAUACAAUGGCUAAAGCAGAAUUACCCUAUGUGUUUCUUGAAAAUGUAUAUAUUUUUACAUUCCCGGAGAAAUAAGCAAUUUAAAUGUUAGUUUUGUCAAGCUUGUAUCACAUUAUUUUUGUAAUUUUUUUUUGGUAAAAAAUAUCAAUGUUGUUUAAAUUUUGACAGCAUUGGCAAUAAAUGUAGUUAAAUCAAAUGAUUUUUUUCUAAAACGAAAAUUCCUCAAAACAAAUACUUGCAUUUUUGUGCACUUAUUAACAUGUAGAGGAAACUAUUUAAACUUACUAAUGAUUGGAGUACCAUAGUAAUUCAUGUUCAUUUAAUUGUAGAAAUUUGAUCAAAGUUACACUAAUUAAAUUGUCAUUUUUAGACCUUUGCACAGUAGUAAUUAAGUUUAAUGUUGUUUUCUUUUUGUUUUGUUUUUUUACAUUUUCAAGUUUUGACCAUUCAGUAAAAAUAAUGUUUUAAUGGAAGAGCAACAAUAUAGGCCUAAACCACUUUCUUACAACAAAAAAUGACAAGAAAUAAUGGUGGCCACCUGUUACAUACAUUUGUCUUCCAGCUAUUCAAAACUAAACUGUAUUAUUGAUAUGUCUUCCUCAAACAUUAUAUGAGCCACGUCAUGACAAAACCAACAUAAUGGGUUUGCGACCAGCAUGGAUCCAGACCAGCCUGCGCCUCCGCGCAGUCUGAUCAGGAUCCAUGCUGUUCGCAAUCAGUUUCUCUACUUGUAAUAGGGUUUGUAAGCGAACAGCAUGGAUCCUGAUCAGACUGCGUGGAUGCUCAGGCUGGUCUGGAUCCAUGCUGGUCGCAAACGCAUUAUGUUAGUUUUGUCGUGACGCGGCUCAUAUGUUACUUCCAUCAUACAUUUGUAUUACAAUAUGAUAUCUUCUUGCCUCCUACAUGUAUUUCUAUAUGAACUUUUCUCAGAAAAUAUGUGGAACAAAUGUGUAAUUUAUUGUAUAAUAUCUUAUCAUGAAAUCCAGACAAAUUUACAUUCCAUAUGUGAUAAUAAUAGAAGAGAUUAUAAUGUAGAUUAUUUCUGGUAGUUUUGAUUAUUUUUGCAGUGUAUUUAACCCUUUUUACUGUGCAAACUUUUAUCAUGAAAUAACGUUCUUUUUCUGGAAAAAUUUCUAAGAAUUACAGGAACUAUGAUCCUUAGUU